UACUGUCACGUGUAGAUAAAAUGUACCAAUAAAAAUGUGAAGUUCCGUUCUGGUCGGCAGUCUAGAUGGCCGAGAUGGAGACACUGAGCGCUGGGGCUGAGGACGGCUUCACCCAGGUCACCCGCAAGGGAGGCCGGCGGGCUAAGAAACGACAGGCAGCGCAACUGUCCGCAGCAGGGGAGAGCGGGGACGCGGGCUGCAUGGACACCGAGGAGGCCCGGCCGGCGAAGAGGCCCGUCUUCCCGCCCCUCUCUGGGGACGGACUUGUGGGUGGAAAAGAAGAAACGCGGAAAAUUCCAGUCCCAGCGAACAGAUACACACCAUUAAAAGAAAACUGGAUGAAGAUAUUUACUCCUAUUGUAGAACAUUUGGGACUUCAGAUACGCUUUAAUUUGAAAUCAAGAAAUGUAGAAAUCAGGACUUGUAAAGAAACCAAGGAUGUUAGCGCUCUGACAAAAGCAGCUGAUUUUGUGAAAGCCUUUAUUCUUGGGUUUCAGGUGGAGGAUGCUCUUGCCCUCAUCAGAUUGGAUGACCUCUUCUUAGAGUCUUUUGAAAUUACAGAUGUUAAGCCCCUAAAGGGAGACCACCUGUCAAGGGCAAUAGGAAGAAUUGCUGGCAAAGGAGGAAAAACCAAAUUCACCAUAUAGAAUGUGACGCGGACGCGGAUAGUUUUGGCUGAUGUGAAAGUUCACAUCCUUGGCUCUUUCCAAAACAUCAAGAUGGCAAGAACUGCCAUUUGCAACCUCAUCCUGGGAAAUCCUCCAUCAAAGGUUUAUGGCAAUAUUCGAGCUGUGGCUAGCCGAGCAGCAGAUCGGUUCUGAUUUCAAAUCAGAGACUUUUUAUCUCAUCUUUGGACUCUUAAAGAAAAAGACCUUGUACCCUGAAGGUGAUCACAUGAAACCAUGUGAAUUAUUUUUUAGUCACUUUGAGA